AUGGAAUACAAGAUGGAAUACAAACAACCUUUACCAACAUCCUCCGACAAAAUAACUCCUCGCAUCAUUAUUCAUGGCGGUGCAGGUAAUAUUCUACCUGCGAACCUUCCACCUGCGAAGUACAAGCUCUAUCACGACUCGCUUCUUCGCAUCAUCUCCAACACUCAUUACUUUCUCACCUCACCAUCUUCUUUCCCCCUCCACAAAACCUCUUCUUCUACCACAACAGCUUUGGAUGCUGUCACCUAUGCAGUCACACAAUUGGAAGACAAUCCUUUAUUCAACAGUGGACAUGGCGCGGUCUUCACACGCGACGGAGUCAAUGAACUGGAGGCAUCGAUUAUGGUUUCUAGUGGAAAGAAAAAGAGAGGAGUCGGCCUGAUGGGAUUGCAACACGUCAAAAAUCCUAUAAAACUCGCACGCGAGAUGUUGAUACGAGGAGAACAAGACCUAGAGGGUGGGAAUGGAGAACAUAGGGGGCCGAUGAGUGUUGAAGAGGAAAGAUUUAAAGAGACACAUGGAGCACAAGGACAUUCACAACUACACAAAUAUUCAGCAGAGAAACUGGCAGAAGCAUGGGGCUUGGAGAUUGUAGAUGAGAAAUACUUCUUUGUACAAGCGAGAUGGGACGAACAUAUCUCGGGUUUGAAAAAGGAGAAAGAUGGAAACGGACAUGCAUCAUGGGAUGCCCAAGAAUUUAUACCACAAGGGACUUGCGGUGCCGUUUGUCUCGACUCGGAUGGAGUGUUGUGUGUAGGUACAAGUACUGGAGGUAUGACAAAUAAAUUGACAGGGAGAAUUGGCGACACACCAACGUUAGGUGCCGGCUUCUGGUCCGAGGAAUGGGAGGAUACAUCGGCCGACGAAGAUUUGCAUCGACUCCAACAACUCCGUCGAAGAAUGCGCAACCAAGGGCCUAUCAUAGAUUUGGGUAAUCAGUUGAAAGCAAUUGUUGCGGAUUGCCUUCCAGGCUUAAAUUUAAGAACCUACAACCCGAUUUCUCAAGAAUGGCUAGAAGACGAAGCUCUGAGUGCCAGGAAAUGUAUGAGAUCAUCCGCUAUGUCAGGUACUGGAAAUGGUGACUCUUUCCUUCGCAUAGCAGCUGUACGCACCGCAUCAGCAAUUGCUCGUUAUCGUCCUGGAACUUCCCUACAAGCCGCCAUCACUGAAGUUACUGGCCCUGGCGGAGAGCUUGUUAAAUCGGCAGGGGACCGAUGGAAGAAAACGGGUGAAGGCGAAGGAGGUAUCAUCGGUAUUGAGCUCAAGGUUGUAGUUGAUAAACAUGGCCGAAGGAAGGAUGCAGUGAGUCAAGUCGUCUAUGACUACAAUUGUGGAGGGAUGUUUCGCGCAGCUAUCAACGAAGAUGGAAAGGCUGUAAUGAGAGUAUGGAGGCCUGGUCAGUACCAUGGCUUGGAGGUAUAUGAAGGUGAAGGAAGAGAGUAUGAAGUUGCUGAUUGGGUCGACGCAAAAUAA